GCAGUGGCGGUGUCGUUCUUCCGUUCAUCAUGAAGAAAGAGGAUGGACCACAGCUUGGAACGGGGCUAGUUGGCCGUCGACGGCGGGCAUCGAACGUCCACAACCACUCGGACGAGACCGUUCAGCUCGACGACGAACUGGUGUGCAUCCUCAUGGAGAUCGAGCGCAUCUACGUGGAUUUCCCCAAGCCAUUGCAGAUUCGCAUCGAGAAGUGGGUCGAGAAGAUCUCUGAACCGAUCUUGCAUCUCCAGUGGAAGAAGAACGCCAACAACUACGCGAUUUUGCUGCUGCACAUGGCCCGGCGUGGGGUAUUUCGAGCUCCCUUUGACAAAGCACCGCCCCUCGGCCCCCUCCAGACGCUUCCUCGGCACAUGAUUUGUUCGCUGGAUGGACUGCAGAAGCCGCCACGCAAGCCGCCUCCACACCCUCGAAAUGCAUGGCUGAAAGCGUACGAACGAGUGGUGCACCGCACGAGGCCUACAUCGACAGAAUCAUCCGACUUCGCUGCAGUCACAACGCCUCCAGCACCCGUACCACAAGGUCGAGAUCCACGGCGUCCUCUGUCCUACGUUGAGAUUGUCAACGAAACAAUAAACAACCUGGAGGCCGAGCUGGCCGCGGAACGAUCGACAAACGUGUCGUUGCACGAGCAACUCGAGGUUCGCUUUUCAGCAAGUCAUGAGCUGGCGACACAUUUGAACAACAACUCGACGUGGACAGGAGCUCACGCGUCUGUGCAAAUCGCAAGCUGCGUCAAUUCUGGAGUCGAAAGCCGAGCUCCAAGAAGCGAACGCCCGUCACAGUCGAGAAAUCGAGCGCCUGCACACGUUGCAUGCCAUGGAACUCGACGACCUCAAGAAGAAGCAUCAACGACAGAUGCAUGAUGCUAUCAUAUCCAACCAACUCACAAUUGCAUCGAAACAAGCCGUUGCCCAGACGGACACUUUCGUGGACACGGUGAUUCGCGACGACGCCAGCGUCCAAGACUUCAUGGCAUACAUCGACCGCUUUUACGUGGAGACCGCUGCGUUGACCAGGCACGCCAUCGGCGGCAAUCACGCGGGGUGACGGCAUCUUCCCUCGGGAGCUUCGCGAAACGGCACGUGUUUCAAAUGUCUGUGCGAUCGGGGGGGAACACGUUUAAACCGAUCACGUGACGUUUUCCUCCAA